CCUCUGUUGGCGUGAGCUUCGUUCUCGACUGCUCUUAAUGCUCUUCCAACUUCCAAGCUCAGCCGGUCGUCGUUCAUUCUCCUUCUUCUCCUUCUUCUUCUUUCUCUUUGUUAUUAUCAGUAGUCUUUUAUUCGCUGCUCACUUACUCAUAUAUUUGAUGCCCGGCGCCAUUCGGUCAAUUAAAAUUGGAACCGCAAUGCUGGCGGCUUCCGUUCCAUGACAAUUGCGAUUGCGAGCUAGGAUUGCAUUGUGGGCGAGUAUCAUCACCAAGACUUGAUAUUAUUGCUAUCAAUUCCACCGUCCAAAAUUUCCAUCCGCUCGGCCCCGAGUACAUGUGACAGUGUAAACCCGAAUCCUUCGACCGAGACAGCUUGGGCAACCGUGAUGGGGAUGAGCUGAAAUAACGCCCGAGAGCGAAAACCGGCUUCAUGGAUGCGCCAUCUGCGCCCAAGUCUGCGAUACCUCGCCGGGGACCGCCUCUGGCUGCUAUCCGUACCGAUCUAGCUCAGCAGCAGGCGCCACAGCAGCAACAACAACAGUCACAGCCACAGAGAUUGCAAAAGCUCCCCGUGUUGCAAAAACAACGAUUGCAGCGUCUCCAGCCGGUCGAACCCCCUGUUAGCCCGGCCAAUAAAGCACCUCUUCAGAAUAGCGAAACCGCCAAGCGGAAACCCUCAAAGUCUAGUCUGAAGAGUCUUUUCAGUCGAAAUAAAGCUCUUCGCGACGGGAAAAGGACGGACAGCCCUCUUCCCCAGCUUGGCGAGAGACGAGAAUCAGAUGCACACUCUGCCUACGCUCCAGAUACUCCACGAUCACUUACCGCUACGGUGGAAUCCAGCCCAACGGUUGUUGCUCCUGCGUCAGAUGCUGCGACUCCCACCGACCUGAAUUCAGAGCAGAAAGAUACUGAGAAAAAGACUAAAUCAAAGCCCACUAAAAAAUCGACUUCCCCGUGGAUCCCGCCACCGUUAUUCCAAGCGUAUCCCCAGGCGCUGAGGCAUGCAUACGUCUUUACCCCAAAUGUGUCUGCCGAGUCGAUCCUGCGCCUUCAUGCUUCCAGAAAGAAUGCCGCACCAAAGGCAACCCAAGACGAGAAUUCAACGGCCCAAGGGUCUGCAGCUGCAAAAAAGAAAAAGGAAGAGAAGGACAAGAAACAAGCAAGAAGGACAUCUGUGCCGCAUAGUGACACCUCGUUAACGAGAAAAAUAUUUGUUCUGGUAACCUCAGGCUGUCUUCUGCAGUAUUCAGGUGACGGCCGCCAUGACCGACUUCCCGAGAAAUUAAUGCGCCUAGGUCCAACAUCAGCAGCUUUUGCCAGUGAUGCCAUUCCCGGAAAGCCAUACGUAAUCCAGGUCUCUCAAAAGUUGUCUGAUGAUGGCAAGCUUCCCGCGGAGAGCGGCCGGGGUUUAUGGUCCAGGUUUGGUAUACAGGGAACCGAUGCACGCCGCAUGGCACGGAAUUUUUUUAUGGUAUUGACGGAACCCGAAGAGAUGAACGCUUGGCUAGUAUCACUGCGAAGGGCCAUUGAAGCCGUGGGAGGAAAAAAUUUCGUCCCAGAAUCACCAUCGGAGGAAAAAUAUGCAGCAACCGAGCAUCCUAUCCAACCGCCCUUGUCCGUACGCAGCUCGAGACAAUUGAGUUUUCGGAAAUCGGCUCUGAUGAAUGAAGGAGUGUCUCGCACGUCUUCUCGAACGUCGAUAGCGCCUUCAGUCAGCAGGAAGAACUCGCAUCAGGAUAUAGCACCAUCAAGCAACCUCGCAAAGGCAUUGAAUCGGCGUUCGAUAACCGCACCCUCGGAUGCUAUAUCCAUUUCUACGACUGCCACCUCUCGGGAUCCUAAUACUAUAUACGAAGAUCCCCGAGAUGCUCCUUUGCCCCCAACGCGGAAGCCAAAUGUCCCUUCCCAACCUUCUUCCGUCAAGCCUUCGCCUGCAAAUUCUCCCGUUCAAUCACUCCCUGCUACCCCUCGCCAACUACGCAAAACCGGCACGUCUAGCACCCGACGCUCAAUGUACGCCUCGCCUCCACAAUCACAACCAGACCGUUCCACAGACGAUCCUGAGUUCAGCCGCCGAUUAUCAUAUGUAGCCAACGCUCCUUCUCCUUCCCAGAGCCCUUCUCCGACUCUUCCGAACUUUAGCGUGCCUUCAUUCAGUUCACGAUUUGCGAUCCCCCGUCGUGGUAGUGAGCCAUCCGUCACGUCUGAAGCAACCGAGUCCAUUCAAGCUUCCUCGAUUGACUCGUCAACUGUGCACCCGAAUGAACUUCGGAAACAACAACUUCCUGGCCUAAAUAUCGACUUAGGAGGAGAGCCCGUUCCCGAACCGGCGAAACGACACUCAUUGAUUGCCGAGACCACUAGAAACAAUACACCAACUCCUAUUUCACCCACCAAAUCUUCCUUUACUAGCGGACCCAGGGGCCUUCCUUUUUUUGCCAGCCCAUCUUUACCUUCUUUACGAUAUGCACGCCAAGUUCAGUCACCGGACAUCUCGCAAAGACCAAGUCAGUUCGGUGAAACUCGAUCACAAUCGCCAGCUGUUACCUCAGCUAUUGCGCAAAGGAGUCGCCCACUUACGAGGCUACCGAAGCCAGGUGAUACAAGUACUCCCACUGCAUUGCCGAGUCUUGCACAGUCUGCUUGGAGUACUGACCGAAGUAAGCGAACGUCUCCGUCCUCUCCCCAUCCGGUCUCCCAACACACCCCAGUGUCGUAUCAGACACGGAGACCUUCCAUCACUGGUUCUGGUGUGCCCCGAGCAGCCGGAUCAGCAAGCAAAAUAUCUGUUCCUUCGGUGUCCAGGUCUCCUCCCUCGGCUCCUCCCACAACUGCUCUCCCGGUCGUCGGUGGAAUAGAUACAACGCUCCACCAAGACAAGCAACAACCCCAAUCCCAACAUCACUCCACACGCCGCUUUUCCUUUUUACCUCAAAACCAGCAAUACCCAAUCCAGCAACAAACCUCGCCACGAAAAAAGAGUACACAGAAUUUAUCCCUGCUGCCUCCUGCUCCUCCACCCGAUUGUCCACUGCCCGAAAUUCCAUCUAGCGUUCCCCCCCGAGCCCUGCCUUCAUGGCGAAAGCAUUCCAUCCCACCACGUGCAUCGUCCCUAUUACCAGCUCCCAACAUGGAAGCCUCGCGCAAGCAAAGCAUCGCCUCCCUCUCCUCAACCUCCUCGACUAUCCCCACCGCCAGUCCUGAAAUGCGUCAAGUAGGCUUUACUGUGAGGCGGCAGAAUGCAAUGUCUCCGAUUCCUACAGCAAACAUGACUUCGACGACAUCGUCAGCUGUACCGAUCCAAACUCCAUCAUCAUCAACAACAACAACCCGUCAUGAUCCAUACGGCCUGUGAGUAUAUCAUGCAAAUGACUAUACGUAAACCCCCCCUGGCCCUGUUCAUGGGGUCUUGCAAAAGUUUCUUCUUUCUUUCUUGCCCUUGUAUAUAUUACCAUAGGGAAUUCCCAUAUAGAUGACACCGGAUGCAUGGAUUCUUAUCAUUCUAGCUUGUCUUAUUUUUGUAUUGUAUUGUCACUUUUUUCGUGGUUGAACUGUCCGCGUAUAGAAAAUGGCGACGGACCUUUUUGGCUUUUUGUAUCGUUCAAUCGAAUCAUAUUGAUGGGCGAAAUCACCAGCAUUCGUUGGGAAACAUGGCAUUUGAAUCUUUCAUUGCAAGGGCAUAUUGACACAUCUCACACAUCGAUCAAAUUUGAUCAGUGGUCAAUAAUGGGCUGGUUGGCGAUCAAAUUAGCAUAUUCACCGUUUAGCAUUUGGAUUUAUGUAUAUUAGAUACCAGAAUUAACAUGUACUUUUUUUGAGUUCAUA